AUGGCACCGUUUGUCCGGAUCACCUUCACCAGCUUUGACUGGGGCAACCACCCUCACUUGGUGGACAAGCCGUUCUGUGCUGUCAAGAUGAAAGAGUGUGUCCUCACAGAGCAGGGCAGGACGCUGGUCCAGCGCAGGCGCACCCUGUACCCUGCGUGGGGGGGCAGCAUAGACGCCCACGCGGUGGCCGGGCGCUCGAUGAGCGUGGUGCUGAUGAAGUCGCGGGAGGAGAAGAUGGCCGAGGGCUCCGUGGACAUCAUGGUCCUCGCCAAGCACUGCGUCGCCAAGAACGGCAGCACGGAAUUCUGGGUAGACAUGCUGCCCUCGGGAACCGUCCUGCUCCGCCUCCAGAUCUUCACGGAGCAGACCGACACGAGCGCGUGA